CGGAAUCUCCAACGUGUGAUUCUAAACCAAAAAGGGGAAGUAGUUGGUUUGGAGAUUAAGGAAAAGAAUUACAGAUCUGCUUUGCUCCGACUUUGGAAGGUAUUGAUCGUAUGGCUGAUUCAUACGUAUCAUGACGGAGUGGGACUUCUCAGAGAAGAGAUCUGUGGAAUCAAUCAGAUAAUCUGGCAUUUAAUUGGCUUAGAUUGGUGGUGUGGGGUGGAGGAGAUACGCUUAGUCUAUAUAAAGAGGAUUGAUACUGAGGUUUAUAUCAUACUUUAAAUAUCAAGCUCUAUCAAUUCUCUUUUUCAUUUGGAAGUUUUUGGUGUUUCGGGUCUUCUGGUUGUGAUGUCUCAAAGUCAGCUUUUGGGCAAAUCUGGUGAAUUGAAGAAUGCGGAGGGUACUAGGAAGAGGUUGAAGAUA